AUGAGACGAAUCUUUUCCAGUAGCAAGUCUCCCGGGAACUCGCCCAAGAAUAUCAGUGCUACCUCCUUCCCGAGUCCCAAAUCAUCGUCCUCCUCCUCCAAGAAUGCAAUGCCAUCGCCGGUGACGCCAGAUCAGGACGGUACAGACCCAUUAUCCCCUGAGUUGGUCCCGAUCGUUACAUUACUCUCCAGUCAGGUUCAUAGAAGGUAUCACGAUGGUGUCCUGCUAGUUCUGGAGGACCUGAAGAAUGAUGGGACCCCCGCUGAGAGAAAAUGGAAGGAAGUAUAUGGUGUCCUCAUCGGUACGCAGUUAGCCUUAUGGGAUGCUAAGGAAUUGGCAGGAGGUCCGCAGCAUCAUAUUUCCGAAUACAAAUUGAAACAGUUAGCCUCUAAGCCCACGUAUAUUAACUUCACAGAUGCGAUAUUAAAGACGUUAGAUUCACAGGAUAAUGUUGUCACUGAAUCAAACCAAAGAUUGGAUAAUGUGCUUGUAGUGUCUACAACUUUGAAGAACAGGUAUUUUCUGCAAUACAGUAAUAAGGAAUCCUUUAAUCAAUGGAACGCCGCUAUUAGGUUAAGUGUGUUUGAAUGUACGUCUUUACAGGAGGCUUACACAGGUGCAUUUAUCUCUAGUCGGGGGUCCCGAUUGGGAGAUAUUAAGAUUUUGUUGGCUGAUACCAAGUUUAAAUAUGAAGAUUGGGUUAGUGUAAGAUUUGGGCCGGGGAUGCCAUGGAAACGUUGUUAUGCAGUCAUUUCUCAAGGAACAGGGAAAGAGAAAAAAGGCAAAAUGCAACUAGGUGAGAUCAAUUUUUAUGAAAAUGAUAAGAAAAUUAAGAAGGCUAAUUCCAUGACUACAGUCACUGGUGCAAGAGCAAUUUAUGCAGUGUAUCCGUCGUCUCCAAGAUUAAUUGAUGAAUCUACUAUUAUUAAAUUGGAAGGUUCAAUUACCAUGGGGAAGAAGGAAGAACCUCAAGAAUCAAGCUUAUUUAUCAUGCCUGAGAAACAUAAUGCAGUUCCAGGGUAUGACACUAUCAUUAGAUUCUUAAUUCCAGCAAUGAAUGCAUUUAAAUUAUAUGGUCGGCCCAAACGUCUUACUGCCAAUAAGGAUGAUCCUGAAUCCCUGCUUUUUGCAUUACCGGUAUUACCAUGCAUAUAUUACUUGAAUGUGGAGGAUUUAUAUCCGAUGGUAAAUUCAUCUUCUAGCAUGUAUUGGACAAAUUAUGAAUGGAGAGAACAAAUACGAGGAUUGCUACAGCGUAAAUUGACAUCUGGUUAUAGUGGAUGUGGUUCCACCAGCGACUUAACCAUGUCGGUAAUGUCACCAGUCAUAGGUUCAUCUGAAUUGUUCGAUGGUCCAAGUAGUCCGAUCAUGUCUCCACUUUUAAAUCACAGUAGACAGGCUAUGAGGAGUAAUCCUGGUAGUAAUGAAAGAUUAGCUGUAACGACAGAAAGGAAUAUAUCAAAUCCAAUGUUGAGAAGGCAAAUUACACCAAAUGAACAAGAAAAUAACAGUAAGAUUGAUAAUACUUUGGGGUCGGCUCCUUUGUAUCAUACCAAUACAAACAGGCUGAAAGAAAAUGUUCCUAGGGCUUCAUCACCAUUGGGACAACCAGAGACAACGAGAAAUAUUCCUGCGGGUAUGAAACUUAAUAUUGUGGAUUCCAAUUUUGAGAAAUUCGAUGAUCCAUCGACGAAUCCUUACAGAAAAACAAGUCCCAAGAAGAAGAGUGAUCUUUCUAGGCAUAACACAGGAACAUCUGAUUUAUUUGAUCUGUAUACUGAUUAUUCUACGGAACCAUUUGGAAUGAGUUCAAGUGUAACUAAAGAUAAACGUCAUAAUAAAACAGAGGAAAAAACUAAUCCAUUUUCACAUCGGGCAAGACAAAUCUCGCCACGAAAGCAGAACUCGGUGCCUGUUGAUGAUAUUUCUAAGGAUCUUGCAGAUAUUGAUGUGUUGGGGUCUGGCGAAGACUUACUAAAAGACUUGAACUUAAAUGGUGAUUUCUCGGGAAAGACAAUUAUGGAUAAUAAUGAUACGAAUGUUUUUGAUCCAGAUUUCAUGGAACAAGAUCAAUUACUUCAGUCUGAACAACUUUACAAGAAUUCAGCAGCAACCACAGCAGCAAGACGCCAACCACAAAUGAACUCCCAUUCAAAUGUUGAAAAUAACUCGUCAAAAAAUAUCCGCCGUCCAUAUCCUGAGGAUGCAUACGGCACGAAUACAUCAAAGCCUACACAUCAAACUCCAGUCACUCCAGUUGACCAAGUGCAAAGAAUUCGACUUCCCCCUGCAAAUAAUUCUGGUUUCAGACAACAGCCAGCUCAAGGGCCGGCACAACCGAAACCACAACAGUUACAGGUUGAAAUGGGUAACCCAUAUAGGACCAGGCCAAGUCAAGAACCAACCCCUCAGCAAAUAAAUGUACCUUCUCACCCUGGAUCAAAAUUACAUCAGAGGCCACCUAACGGUUUCUCUCCAAAUUCAAUGGCACCGAACUAUCCUAAUAGAGGGAUGCCACCUCCACAGCAACAACAACAACAUCAUCCAUCUAAUUUACCAAAAUUACCACCUCAUCAAAAUGGACCUUACAACAAUUAUGGGAAGCAGUCUCCUUAUAAUCCACAAGGGAAAAGGAUCCCACCAGCCAUGCAUAAUCCAUACCAACAACACCCACAAUAUAUGCCAAAUGGGCCACAGAUGCAACAAAGACCAAUGGGGCAAUAUCGUGGACCACCUCCUUCACAAGCACCUCAUCAAGCACUUCGUUCCCCUGGCUACCCACCAGCCUUUCCACAUGGUAAUAGACCGCCACCAAACCAAAACCAGGCGUAUCCACCUCCCGUCCCCUCUAAUAAUAUCAAACCAACCAAACCAGGUGGAGGAGGAUUUUCUCAAUUUAUGCCUCCAAGUCAAUCAAAUAAUAAUCCUUAUUCUCAUUAA